AGCUGAGAGAACUUGUUGAAAAACGUCAUGGCAGCAGUAGACUCUCUUCAAGAGGAGUUUGUGGACGAAUCCCUCACUUGUUCUAUCUGCAAGGACAUCUACGAUGACCCCCGAGUCUUGCCUUGUCUUCACACCUUCUGUGCCCAGUGUCUGGAACAGCUGCGAGAGGAAAUGAACCAAUUCACCUGUCCUACUUGUGGGAACCAGGUGAAGUGUAAGAACGAAGAUUCGAUCAAGAAUCUUCCCUCUAACUUCUACAUCAACAAACUGCUGAACUUCUGGGCACUACACAACAGUGAGGAAGCCCGCUGUGAGAUGUGUGAGUCGGGCACCAGGGUGGAGAGCGUCUGUGCAGACUGCAAACUUCUCCUGUGCGGGAACUGUUUGACCGCACACGGCAACUCUCCUGCACUGAAGGACCAUUACAUCAUCACCCUGCACGAUCUGAAGGACCCUGGCAGCAGGUCGAAGUACACCGGGGCAGAGUACUGUCCCAAACACCCUGACGUACGCACGACCUUCUACUGCCAGCCCUGUGCCAAGCUCGUGUGCCGAGAGUGCACCAUCAACGAACACAGGCAGGGUUUCAUGCACAGCCCACGAGAGGUCAGUGAAGUGGCGCAAAAGUACAAGGACAGACUGCAGACUUUAGUACAGAAAACACAGGACACUGUUGACGCACUGAAGAACACAAGCAACACCAUAGGGAAAGAACUGGCCACCAUCACAACAAACUCUCAAGUAGAGAAGGCAAAGAUCAAGGAACAUUUUGUACAGCUAAAGGAAAAACUGGAGAAGGCAGAACAGGACAUGAUGGUCAAACUCAAGGAAAUGGAGAAGAAACAGCGAGAACCUCUGGUCGAGGAAAAGGAAGGUUUUGAAGAUAUGUUAAGAUCCACUGAAGAUGGAGUUAAGUUCUGUGCUGAUGUUCUUGCUAGAAAUAAUGAUGUAGAGAUUGUUACACUCAUGGGACAGCUAGAAGACAGGCUUAAGUUUCUUGCGGCAAACCAGGCAAAGCGUGAACCACUAGAAAAACACAUAACGUUCCAGCCUAGCACUGAAAUUAAGUAUGAGCUUAACCUGACCUGUAAGCAACUUGUCAUCGUAGACUCCCCUGUGGAAAGUGUGCCAACUAUUAUUGUCUUCUGGCCACAGAAAGGCCAAGAAAAGGGAGCACCUCAAAUCACAGUCACCUCCCCUAGUGGGUAUUGUGUAACGUUGGAGACCACCAAAAUCAGUGAGGGGGUAUUUGAAGCUGUAUGGAGACCGCAGACGUCAGGGAGGCAUGUGGUGGGCGUGGUUCAAACAGGGGGAGGGGGUGAGACUACAGGGAGGCGGAGAUGGGGUAGGUUUUCAGGAAAAGAGGGUUGUACGCCUUUGAUUGUAGAGGUGGGCAGUAACAGUCCUGUGCUAAGGUUUGGGAACAAAGGUAGCCAGCAGGGGCAGUUUGACAGGCCUAUGGAUGUAGCAGUCAGGGGUGACAGGCUGUAUGUGGCUGAUACUGAUAACCAGCGUGUUCAGGUGUUUGAUCUGAAUGGCAAGUUUUGCUCCUUGUUUGCGACAACUUCUAACCCAGAGUCACUUGUAGUUCAGGCUGAUGGCACCAUAGUAGUGCAAUGCGGUGAGGAAGUGCUGAAAUUUUCACCAUCAGUAGAAUUACAGAAGAAACUCUACUUGGGUGAACAUUGUGCCAAGAUCAGUGGCCUGGCUGUACAGAGGGAUGGGAGGGUUGUUGUGGUAGAUUCUAGUCAGAAGAUCUUUCUGUUUGUCGAAGCGGAUGGCACGCUAGUGACGCAGUUGAAAGGGCAGGGAUUUAUGCAGAAGCACAUAUCUUCUGUCUGUGUGGAUAAGGAGGGUAACAUUGUUGUGGUGGAUUCGCACCAGCACUGUGUUCAGGUGUUUGACAGUGGCCUGAAUUUCAUACGCAAGUUUGGGGAGCACGGCAGACAGCCACAGGACAUGUGGGGCCCUACAGGGGUGUCGGUUGAUAGCAGGGGUAACAUAGUUCUGGUAAAUGCUGGGGAUAACUCUGACGUAGGUGGCGUAGAACAUGGCAAAAAGCUUCAGGUGUUCCGCCCAGACGGAACCUGGGUGUCCACAAUAAGCAGCGAUGGGGACAAACUGAACAAGCCACAAGGGGUGGCUGUAACAGAGGAUGGACAUGUGUUUGUUGUGGACAGUGCUGACCACUGUGUUAGGAAGUACAAAUAUAUGUGAGGAACUAGAUUUGAUUUCUCUUUCACGUAGCUUAAAAAAUCGUGUAUAUCUUUCCUUUAGAAAACUGUGGUCUACUAUUAUACAAAUGUCCAUAUGAAUGAAGACUUCAGAGUUCUUUUAUUGCAAAACAAGUACAAAUCAUUUGUGACUUUCUGAAUUUGGUAAAUAAUAGCUGAUAUAAAACAAGUCAUUGUAUAAAACUAUAGAUCCAUUUAUCUUCUUGAAGAAUUUAGAAAACAAUGCAGCUCUCACGCAAACUGUAAUUACUUGUCUUAUUCGUUAUUUGUACUUAACAUUGUAUAUACAUGUACAUGAUUGUGUAGGAUUUGUGAUUUCUAGUACACAAUGAGCCAACUUACCAGUAUUACAUCUUUUCAAUUCAAAUAUUUGCUGUACAAAAGUUUUGCUGCAUAACAAAGGUAUUAA